AUGCCAAUAGGUUUGGAGCCCGAGCGUGUGUCCUUUGUGCCUGACGAUCUUGAAGGCGGGCGACCUCAUAUCAGUAGUGAAUAUGCCACCUUCCUUGCCUACCCAUCCAGCCUUCCAGACCUUGGCUGUGCCGCGGUGCUUUUGGACACGAGGGCCAUUGGGGGCAGCGUCUUUGCUGCUGUGGUCCCUCAUGUUACAACCUUGAAAGAGCUACGCAAGGCGGCGGGCUGGGAUACUGUGCGUCCACAGGAUGUCUUUAUAGUUGGGUGCGACGCGCCUCUUGAUGACUGUCAGCGGGUCGAGCUCAAGCACGGAUCCCUUGUCAAGUUUGUGCCACCGGGGGCUCCACCCGACUGGGCUCCGUCUUUAGAGUCCGCUUCCCAUCUUUCGAGUGUCGACUGGGAUGUCCUGAGAAUUCCUUGCUCCCCAAUUGCUUCUGGUGCUCUCGUCCUUCACGCCGAUGGGAUUGCGCACCUUAGCUUCUUUGGCAAUGAUGACUGGAGGACGAUGCAACAGAUCUCAGAACUCAUUGAUGUUCCGCUUUGCACCGUACGUGUAACUGCAGCAUACUUGCCGCCAGGCUCCUCUCUGGUUUAUCGAGGCCGACAUGUCAAGGGAGUUCUUGGAGUUCUACCCAGACCUAGCUGUGGUAGUCUAGACGACUCAGUUCCUCCAACAGCCGUUUUCCUUGAUUGCCGACCUUUAGGAAGGGACGUCGUCCUGGCGGCCUUCAAGGGCCUCAUUGUCUCCCGGCAUGACCUGGCCGCUGCCAUUCAGCUUCCUGCUCUACCGUGUUGGGAGCUGGUAGUUAAGGGUGGUAGGCGUUGUCGGGAUGGUUUUGAAGUAUAUCAUGGGGAGACCCUCAUCCUCGCCCUUCGGCUUGUGACAUGUGCUGCUCCGAGUUCCUGCUUGAGCCCUCUCUUGUCGGAAUCAGAAGCCUCGGACCAGGAACAAGAUCCUGCACUCACCGGGGAGGGGGUCCCUGACCGCGUGCGGCCUCUGAGUUCGUGGGCCAACCCUCCGGGUCUCUCCUUGAAGACCCCGUCAGAGGGCACAGACAACUUGGCUCUUGCAGUCCGGACCAUACAGGAACAAGGUGCGGUUGGGCACCUCCCUGCCCCAUUUCAUCGCCUGGGUGAAUUACCACCAAACACGGAAGGUCCCUUGCCUGCACCAGAUGACCAUGACCUUGAAAACGAGGAGGAUAGUGUCUGGCAUCCCACCUUCAUGAUUUAUGCGAUGCACACCGCUCCAGAGGAGGUACAGGUGACGCUUCGAGCACCUUGUGAUCUAGAGACGGCGCGCGGAAUUGUCUCUGCGGCCAUGUCAGAUAGCCGGGGUCGUUACUAUCCUCACAUUGUGUUCGCGGACCCUCAACCCACGCAAUAUUGGGGUGCCGUCAUCGCCCUUCCCGGAUGGGCUAAGCGUGACCCGGUAGUGCUGCUGAACCUGUUGGAGCUAGACGACCGGUGUUUCGUGGCAUCCUUGGCCAGUCCGUUUUCGCGUGCACAGGUCAUCCGCGCAGCAGGUCUACCACCCGACUCUGAGGUUGAUGUGUUUGCUUUCCGAGAGCACAUCCCGAUGGGCCCAGACAGGGAAUGUGACUUAGUUCCAGGAGGCACAGUCACUGUCAGGCACCCCCACGAGGCCAUAGAGUUCUUGUGGUACAAGAACAUGGAGUUGGGGAAGAUCAGGCGCACUUCGCAAUCAGUGCACCAGCACCUGGAGAUAUGCAAUAUCUGGGUUUCCAUUGUGAUCGACUAUGUGCAUUUGCUCUAG